GAUCCCUUGGUUAUUUCUGAAGUGAGUCCCAUUUAUUAUGGAACAUCUAGUAUAUGCAUUAGAUACAUGUACGAUGUGUAUAUUACAUGUGUGCUAAAUUAUCAGCUGAUGCGUGCGCUUCUAAUAUAUACGAAUAAAUAUAUGUAUACAAGUCUGGAGUUUGACCAUAGGGAACUGUGCCGAUUACCGCGGAUACGUUACGCCAGUUACAGUUCAGUUCCCCUCCAGGAAUACAGUGAUAUUCGUUCAUAGUGAUAUGUAAUUCUUCUUACUAUCCAAACCAAUUCUACGAAUUAAAAAAGAGGACAAGAUGACGGAUAUAAAAAAAUCAUCUCGCUGGUAUUUUGGAGGAAUUGCUUCUGCUGGCGCAGCAUGUGUUACACAUCCAUUGGAUUUGCUCAAGGUUCAUAUGCAAACUCAACAAGAAGGUAAAAUAUCUGCGAUACGCUCUACUGUUACUAUUAUUGAAAAGGAUGGUAUAUUAGCUUUGUACAACGGUCUCUCUGCUUCCUUACUUCGUCAGCUUACGUAUUCUAUGACAAGAUUUGGUGCUUAUGAGGUAGGUAAGCAGAAGAUUGAAUCACAUGGGAAUCCUAUGCCAUUUUAUCAAAAGCUGCUUUUGGCUGGAUGUACAGGUGCUGCUGGCGGAGUUGUUGGUACUCCAGGAGAUUUGAUUAACGUUAGGAUGCAAAAUGAUAUUAAGUUACCGUCACACCUUAGAAGAAAUUACAAGCAUGCUUUAGAUGGGUUAGUACGAGUUAUUAAAGAAGAAGGUGUAUUACGGUUGUUUAGUGGUUGUUCUACUGCAACUGGAAGAGCAAUGCUAAUGACAAUAGGACAAUUAAGUUUUUAUGAUCAAAUUAAAAUAAUUCUAUUGUCUAGCGAUUAUUUUACAGACAAUCCUACGACCCAUAUAAUUUCAAGCCUAUGCGCAGGUGCUGUAGCUACAACAUUAACACAACCAUUGGAUGUUCUAAAAACGCGUGCAAUGAAUGCCAAGGUUGGACAAUUUAAGAAUUUUGCGGAUCUCUUUUUAUAUACUGCCAAACUCGGACCAUUAGCUUUUUUUAAGGGAUAUGUGCCAGCAUUUAUACGACUAGCUCCACAAACAGUUCUCACAUUUCUAUUUCUUGAACAACUCAGGGUCUAUUUUGGUAUUCCAAUAUCAAAUGAAAAACCAAAACCUCAAUGAGAUAUUUUUUUUUCUUUAGACAUAAAAUUAACUUAAGAGAUAUUGUUCCGUACGCCCUAAAACGCACAUAAUAGAGUAUAGGGUUUAUCGAUGAUUUGUGUAAGCUGCCAGUUUUACUCUAUGUCUAUAUCUUCUUUGUUACCAUAUUAAUGCGUGUAAUUAUUUUACAAACAUUUUGCACAAUUAAUUCGUAUUAUUUUUAAAUGGGAUUAUUCGUGCAAUCGUAAUUAGAAAAAAAAGGAAUUGCUUAGGUAUGCGUAAAUUCUGUUCCCUAAAAGAAACAAGUCGCUGUGUAUUUUUCAAUCAUACAUUCCAUGUAAAUAUUAUUGAUUGUUAUUUAUAUGCAGGCAUAUACGUAUAUAUAUAUGAAACGAUAUACAUUUGUAUUUAUAUUGACGUUUAUAUGUACGCAACUGAUUGAUUUCGUUGUGUUAAUGAUAUCCGAAUGUGUCUUACUAGCAGGACUACGUAAGAUUCGGAUAUUUUAAUCACACGGAUCAAUGACAUGCGUACGAUAUGCACAAUUGCUAUCAUUAUACGUACAUAGUAUACAAUGAACGAGAAUUUUAGGUGUCUCUAUCCAAAACUGAUAUUUUUUAAAUAAAUAUUUGCUAUACGCACAUCUGAAAAAAAUCUUUCGUUUGCUCGAAAGUAAAAUAUAUUUUCAGAUCGAAAUAUUUAUUAUAUUUUGAGCGUCCACAUUGUAAUUGCCAAUAUACAUGUAUAUUUGUUAUGUUUACAAGAAGAAUUAAUUAUUAUACAA